UAGCCAUAGUAAAGGAUGAGACAAAUGUUGUGCGUAGGGAUAUUCCGCCUGGGAUGUCUGGCAACACUGAACCUGAAUGAGAUCAUUCAGUUAAAGGUCUUGAGUGUUCUGGGUGAGAGGUACGACUCUUCGCUCCGUGAGACGAAGUUCUGUGAUAUUUCGCUCAAGGAAACCAGUUUAAACGGAAUGGCCAAGUGGAUAAUCCUUGUGGUGGUGUUGGCAGUGGCGACAUCUCUCACGGCAGCCCUAAAGUGUCUCACCUGCGACGACUGUAAACACAAACCUCCCUUAUCCAUGACCUGCCCAGCUGAUCUGACUGUCUGUAUGAAAACUAAAAUUGACGGCAAGAUAAAAAAGAAUUGCGCUCCAAGGUCCGUUUGCAGUGUGAAAGCUGGUGACAGUAAAUCCAUGGAAGUGCUGAAGAACCUCAAGACCCUUUUCACCGAUCAUGACAUCAAGAAACUCAUCAGUGACACAAUCCACAGAAAGGAUAAACUUGUCCACUGCUGUUCUGCCGAUUACUGCAACGGUUCCCCCGACAAGAGAACCAGUAUGGGACUCCUCUUCCUUCUACCCUUCACCGUGUAUCUUUUUGGUUUUUGAAGACCUGGACAAGUUGUCCGUCCUGAGUGGCUGAGAAUGAUAUUGGAUGGCUUGCAUCAUACCCCAGAAAAGACGAUAUUUAAUCGAUAGACUAGAAAGUACUGCCUUUGACAACUGUCUUCAAAGGGCAGUGAAUCUUUUGCCUCGAUCUCGUGGUUAUGUCUAAAUGAACCACUGAGAGUUUCUAAAAUGAAACGAAUGUUCUGAAACACUGAAACUCUACACUGAACGAGUAUUUUUUUUUUAUCUGUUAUGCCUGUAUACUGUGUAUGGAAAAUCGUUUUAUAUUAUAUUUUAUACUUUAUGACUUUUUUUAUAAAGAGUUUUAUUACGAUUUAAAGCUUGAGAGUGAAUGGCCUCUGCCUCAGUGUUACACGUCUCUUGUCCCACACGGUAUGUUUUAACUGAGUAUUAUUAGUGGUAAUUAUUAUGAAAUACCGGUGCAUCGUUUCUGUAAUUAGGGUGCUAAAAUGAUAUCUCAUCAUGUUAAUUAGCUUUAAAAGAACCAGAAUUUGCAGUGUUGUUACCAGAGAGGUUUGAUAGUAGCAUAGCAGCUAAGAUUACCUGUGUUCUUCCAGUGCAGUGUUUGAUGAUAGUAAGAAGACGUAGCCAAGGUAAUGACAGUUCUUGCAGUACAGUAUUUGGUGACUACACAAUGACAGAGCCG